GUAUGAGCUGCAAGAAAGGUCUGUAAACUGUCUGCUCCGGUCGGUGUUGAGGAAAGAUCAUCCGCCUCACUAGAGUACCGCUUUCAUCGUUUGAUACUAGUAGACCUCCCUCUUCUAUAGUCGAAAGCUAAAUUCGCUUCUGUGUAGUUGUACGUUGGAUUGUUAACAAACUGAGACUUUCAAUCAAGUGCAAAGGAUAAACAAAUUAGUAGUACAACACCUCUAGAGUAGGUACAAUCAUUAUCAUCAUCAUCAUCAUCAAGCAGCCUACACACUUACUCGAUCACUCACUCAAUUCUCAGGAACAUCUCCUCGUCCAAUUCUUUUCGACUACUCUCGUCUCGGAUCCAGGGACUCGGAUCCAGGGGAUCAAUCACAACAGGAUUUUGAGUAGUAGAAGAUGAAACAAGUACACUUGUUACACCUCGACCCAGAAGUUGAAGUUGUAUGAUGUUUAGUGGUAGUACAGGGUAUUAAGUAGUAUGAUGUUUGGCUUUGGUGGUACACCAGCAGAAAGGUCGGACAGGUACUAGUAGAAGUUGUAUGAUCUUUAGUGGUACACCAGCAGAAAGGUCGGAUUUACACCUACACCUAGCUAUACACCUAGGGCCAGAACAAGUUGUAUGAUGUUUAGCGGUACCGAAAGGCUGGACAGGUUUUUCCUGAUCCAGGAUGCGCACACGCGUGGUGAGGUACAGAAGCUCCGGCAGGACCUGUCGUCCAAACACAAGGUCGAUUAUGUGCCGAUCCCGGCAGCAGGGCGUGCGCCCGCGCUGAGCAUGCCAAAAUUUCCAAGGAGGAGUUAAGAGGAGGAUUGCGUUCUAUACUUAAUACAUACUGUUAGCCCUAUACUUAUUACGCUUUAGCUCUUUUCAAUGCACGAGAGCUGCUCCUCUAGUAAAUUGAAAAUUGUUGUUGUCGAAAUUGUCGCUAGUAGAGAAGUAUUUAUGUCUUCAUUGAUCCUCUACAACAUGCCCACUCUGCCAAUAUUGGUAAUUAGGAACAGUCACGUCCGAAUCCGAAUCGACUAACAUCAUCAUCCGCAACAGUCACGUUCCUUACCUUGUUACGACUCAACACGUCCGACUCCUCUAACGAAUCGGGAGUUUAGACCGAGCGAAAGGGGAAUAUACGAGGAGUCAACACCACAAAGAAGAGUUUCCAGAAGUGGUUAACGAGGAUGCGGGAAUUCAUGUGUGGACGCAGGUAAAAUUAUGAUGCUCCAGGAAGUCGUAGGUCCUAUCCGAUUCAACUGUCAUCAUCAUCGUCAUGCUUGAUGUUCGUCAUGCUUGGACAGGGACGCACGUAUUUCUGAAGGUGGUUUUUCUAUUGUUUGAGAUAAACUACUGUUUUUCUAUUGUUUGAGAUAAACUACGACUCUUCGAUUGUUUGCACUAUUCCUGAAAGACUCAUUCUAUCGAUUUUCCCCCAGGAUGCACGUGGUGCGGAUCUGCACAACCUGGAGAGUCCGUUUGAAAAUGCGACAGGCGAAGAUUUUGGCAGCAAAGCUAAGGCGAAAAUGUCAGUUUUCUACAAGAGACGAAGGAAGUUUUAAUAUGUGCUUCAUCGACCUAGGAUGUACUAUUAGAAUAAAGUUGCUAGACUUUAGACUGGUCAAUACUAAGGCGUCCUUCUCUGAAUCAUGACCCCCAUUCAGCAAAGAAAAGCUGUAGAAUUUCCGCUAAACUCUAACAAGAAAGGAAAGUAUUACUAUCGCGCUCGCCAAUAUCCGCUGUAUCCGCAGAUAGCGUCGAGCAGUCCUCGCACAGCGGCCAUGAAAAUGGAGGAUUUUCUGAAUCGAACCUUAUCACUCGCAGCCGGUCCACGAGGACGAGGAAAUUUUCGCAGCCCUAAAGGCAUGCGGACCAGUUUCGUAACUCAGGGAGCGUCAAGCAAGAGUGUCCACGCACCAAUGCUGUUGCUGGAUCCGAGGACGCAGUAUUUGCUUUGAUUUACUGCAACGUUGCUCAUUAGUUCGUUGUUUGUUGUAUGUAGAGAUUUGUACUACUGGCACAACUUCUGAGUUACAACAUGAUAGAUUGCACUCCCCCAGCAGUGUUUGGGGAUGCUGAGGUCCUCGCUUCACCAUAUUCAGAGGAAUCCUUCACAUCAUUACGCUUUACUCCCCAGGCACACCGAAAAUGGUUCCCGUGAAGAUGCUGUGGAAGAUAGCAAACCAGAUGCGGCAGAAGAGUCACAACACAAGCCUCAAAACACUUCUGUCAUAGUGGAUUUGCCAGUGGAGCCGCCUAUUGAUCGAGUGUUUCUGAUGGAGAGACGGUCAGCAAGUAUGCCUGCCACUAAGCCUCGCGACAAGAAGAAGAAAACUACGACGUUGCCACGAAUUGAUGGUGCUGCCAAGCCUAGUCUUAUGAUGUUGUUUGAUGAAGGUGUCGACAAUGUGUUGUUGUCAAGUGCGUUGCAUAUAUAAAGCAGUGCUCAGCACCGUAGAUGGAUGUGAGUUGUAUACCAACGCUACUGAGUCAUCGUUUUUAUAUGCACGUCGUUCUUUUUGUUUAUAAUAUCUUUAUUAGUAGUAGAUAAGUUCUUGCCUGACCUUUCUUUUUCUCUAAGUCCCGAACCGGAGACGAUCCAGCUAAAUUGCAGGGAUCGAUGGAUGAUCCUUCGCCAGCGCAUAGGAAGCGGCUUGCGGAUGGCCUAGGCGUCGCCCAGCCAAGUGAACUUUUAGUCGAUAGGGAAGACCGUCAAGGUGGAGAUGGAGGAGGCGACAGCUUUACGAAGAAGGAAAUUGAUGCAUUGCAAGUAGACGUGAAAUGCUCCCUUAUAGAUCAUGAUUCCUGACAUCAUGAAUUAAUCAGUCUUCCAUUUCCUACUCUACUGUCUUUCAUCAUCUUAAUAGACUCAGAGUGUACAAAUUUAUUACAACUCUUUCUUGUUCCAUCAUCCUGUCUCCCUUCAUCCCUCCCGGAGGCGAUACAAAGGGUGAGGCAGUGUACAAAUCCCCACUGAAAAAGCAGAAAAGGCGAGGCAGAAGCGCAGACGCAGCUUCUGAUGAAGAUGGUGACGCCACGGAUGCUAUCACUGGCAGAAGUUACAUUCUGAUGACGGCAACAGAUGUUGCUAGGAUACCAAUCAAGAACGAAUCCCAUUACAAAAUGGUGUGGCGGCUCACCUGCAAAAGCAAACCGGAAUAGUACUUUCAAAUAUAGAAGGAGAGUUUUCUUUUGGCGCUGUUUUACAACUCCUGUAGAAAAAAGUUGUCUCUGAUGAGGCGAAAAAUGAAUUUCAUCACCUAUGAUCUAUGAAAAAAAGAGGUGACCACUUCUGGAUGAAUUUUUCAAUCACCACCACAGCUUCUCCGUCAUGCCGCAUCGCGAGGGUGUUAUCGCACCCGGAGACAGUUUCGAGAUGCGGUUGCGAUUAAAUCCAGCACUAACGGUUCCACAGGGCGUCUAUCAGUUCAAGCUUGCCAUGGGAGACUUAGAAUCUGUGUGGCUCACGCAAACCUUCGUGUGCGUCGUGCCGGAACGUACAGCUGCUCUUCAUACAUAUAAUUGUCUUCGAUGCACUGAUCUACUCCUCAACUCGAGUUCUUUGUUUCGUUUUCGUGAAAGAUCCCUCUCCAGGAGAACACCGCGAAAUUCCGAGAGUUUUUAGAAUGAAACUGCGCGAAUCUAUCUCAACAAGGUCCAUCGUAGAGCUGUUUGUUCUACACCCACACCACCACACCCACACCGCCACACCCACAAAGUGCUCUAGGAUACUCGGUGAAAGACAUGCAAAUUUGGGGAAGCCGUAAGAAAAUUGUACCGCAGAUCAUACGCUAUGUAGGAUCCCUCCACCUUCUUACCCUCAGGUGACGAUGUGAGAGCAGUGCAAGCGGGUGGACGGACGUACAAAAUUUCAUGCGCUCAUGGCCCACCAAAGCAGACCGUGACGUGGCGUGAACAGUCACAUAAGCGAUAUGCAAAAUGGCUAGCGGAGGUUCCAGGAGAAAAAGUUGUUCUGUUAAGGCUACUUGCAACUUCUAGAUUUAGAAUUUCGAAUGUGAGGGUUUUUUCCUGCAUUACCAGAUACAAGAAUAGGGAGGCACAUCAUUACAACCAGAUACAAGAGGCACGUUAGUUACCACAUAGAACAAUAGGCUGGAUUUUUUUUGCAUGUAAGAAAGUGGUCCCGAGAAUAGUGAGUACAACAACCACUUUGCUAAUCUUUCCACCGAUCGAUAAACUACCCGACAUCAACAACAGCCUAUUAGCACCGUUUGGAGGCAAUCCAAAGACCGAGUCAAGAACCACUACAGGUUCAAAGCAGCGUCUCAGUGCUGCAGCGGAAGUCGUUGACAUUCCAUUGUCAGAUGGUCCGGUGCGAGCAAAACAAGUCGCUGGACCAACCAAGACUUCAAAAGAGGGGUUUUCUUCUAGUUAAGGCUUGAGGGAAUUCGUCUUCCCGAGCAUCUUCUUGCUCCCGGUUGGAAGGGAGAACGGGCACCAAGAUUGAUGCUCCCCAAGAUGGAUUUUUGCCAACUCUAAUCUAGUAGAAGUCUUGCUGGAGGUACAACUGGAGACGAACAACAGCGGGCGCACACACCGAGUCCUGAAGUUCUUGAGGGUCAUCAGACAGGUGUCGCAGAGGGUGAGAUCGCUACUAUCGUGAACCAGAGUGCAGCUGAAUCAGAGUUGUCUCCGAAAGACAUGCUCGUGACCGACGCCACAAUUGGUCGACUAAGAGAGGUGCCAUUCCCGAUGCGAAUCGAGCUACCUUACAAGCGGUUCCCACUAGAGGGUAUGGCGGCGGAGGCUGCUGCGAAGGAAGCAGCGGAACGUGGACUAGCAAAUGCGGAGGCUGAGGGUGCACUAUCUGGGGAACCCGAGGAGACACUAAGCCCGGUUCGGACAUGUAAGAAGAAGGCAACCAUUGUUGCAGGAGAGGGUGCGGGGAGUAGUAAGAUUAUGGCUUGUUGUGGUCGUGGUCCUAACUGUCCUCGUGGUCACAUGCUAUCUUUCAAAUCCAAGUAGUCAUCGCUCUAAGACGGAAAAGAUGCGCGUAUCCGCUAGCAGUCAAAUCCCAGUUCCGGCGAUGCCGUAUACCGAUAAGGAAGCAACGCAGUUGUUAUACGAUCGCAAACCGGAUUCGUUUGCACGUGCUUUUCCGAAGGACGACAAGACGCCGAAAAAACGAGAGCAACUGGAAUACGAAGUAGUCAAGUUAUGGAUUGCUGUUGUGGUUCUCGUUUGGAAUUAUCGGUUUCAACGCUCUAGGUAGUUGUCAAUCUGAUUCUCUGCCACCUAUAAUGGGACUAUAAUACUGUAAAAAGUAUGUUGACAUCUAAUAUCCUAUGUUCCUCUCGUCCCGCUCCCCUAAUGCUCACGAAUCUGAAUAGAUCGUGACUGAUGUAACUUUUUCCUCUCGUAGUUCCAUCCAUAGUCAUGAAAGUUUAGAUUUCUUCUUCUAAUGCCAAUCGCCAACCGUCCGAAACCGAAAUUGCGACCUCUGAAGGAACCUAAGACGCCUGUCAGAACGGCCUUCGACAUGAUGGCUGGCACUCUCCAGAAGUACGCAGCUCACUACGACAAGCGAUGGGGUGGAAAGAGGAAAAGCCAGCAUAGUUCUUCGAGCCCUCAACAGGAUGACGCCCGGAUGGGCCUUCCUCGCCACCUCGAGGAAGACGAAGGCUUUUUGGAGGAAGCUUUGCCGGUUCUACGAAGACUAGGGGAUAGUGUAGAUUCGCCGCCGAUGAACUUCUAUACGGAAACUGGUCUGUACUCGGGAGGAGACCAGUAUGGCGCUUACAGUACCAUCGGAACGCCACCGAAAUCGACGGCGAGAGUGUCGUUGUUAUCUUAGGUUAGGGAGGGCGCUAGACACCUAGUUGUGAAAUUUGGAAGAUAUUGAGGUGAUGCUUAGGCUCCUCAUCAUCGUUACUAGUAGCUGUACACUAUCAUCUUGUGCUGAUGUUGCAUCAAAAAAAUGUAAACGUAAAGUCUUUCAUCUGUUGUUACUCUUAAAUCCACGUACUUAAGCCGAAUCGCUACCUUCAGGGAUGUUACUUAAGCAUAGCUAAAUAUUUGACAUUUUUGUAUCUUAUAGUUUGGGAAAUUCGCAAACACGAAGUACACACAAAGUAAGACUAUCAAAUAUUCGAUCAUCACAGUUUUAUUUCCUCAUUUGGAACAUCAACAUAGGCAUUACCAAUCUGAGAACAGUCUAAUAUCGCUACAGCUGAACCAUCAUAUGAUCUUCCUAAAAGUAGACAUCUUCUAACAAAAGCAUAAGCAUAACUCAAGAAGUACUUAGAAGAACUAGCACGUCGUUUGUAUAAUUACUACAGAGAACGACCAUACCACGUUAUACUUAUACUGUAGAUUUAUUGUAGAGGGCUUUCAUCACAGGGCUCUGGGCACUGUAUGCUAGACCUGUAUUCUAGACUUAAUUUUUGAAUCGGAUUUGCAUAGUUACACGUAAAACCUUUCUUCAAUUCUUGACACUGUAUAGCUCUAGACACACGCAAAGAAAAAACGAUAUUUGGAGCAAGCUUACAUCUUAUCAGUAUUAUCCAGUAAAGUGCAACUGCAAAGCUAACGAGAUCUCUGACUGAGAGCAAGGUGAAUUAUCAAACCUACGAAUGAGGGAAAAAGUUCGGGCGCUUGUUCAUCUGAGAACUGUUUCUAUACCAUAGCG